GUUAGUACCAAUAUUCACACGAUUGAAGCAGCAAAUGCGUGCGUAUGCGUGCCACUUGACUAGCAAGUGCAAUGCAACGAAGUGUGCUCCUUUCUUCAUCUCCACUCCACCUUACAACACAAACACAACCCUGUCACUGAUGCCACAAGUGCUUCCUCUCGGUUUCACUUUCCAGGUUAAUAAUAGCUUAGUAGAGUUCUAUCGCACCUUUCAGAUUCUUACGAUUCAAAGUCACUACUCCUACGCACUGUUUCGAUUCCACCGACUCGUCGGAAGCUUCAGAGAGGAACGGAGCAGAGGCCUAAGUGCACUCUAGUGCUUCUAGAAGUUGCUCCGUUUUUGUGUUUCUUCAAUUUGGGAACGCGCAUUGUAUGUGGUUGUUUGUUCCUUGGGUUAGAAGUUUGAAGCACCAUUCUUCGAUGACCAUUUGUGGAGGUGAGAUUUUGUAGCCAUAAAUAGAGGUAGUUGUUGUCAUUGUUGAAGGAUUGCCAAAGUUGUUCUGGACGAAGCCCCUUGCCAUUCUCCAUCUGUGUUGAAGUGCUGUAGGAGAGAACAUGUCCUCAAAAAGGGAAAGGGAAGCUGUUGAUAGAGUAGAGGAUGAAGGGCUUGAUAAUGAGUCAAAGAGGCAGAGGCUGGAUGACGAUUCCUCCCCCUCUCCACCUCCUGUCUCCAUUGCAAAUCCUCUUUCUGGGUUGGCCAAUAAUUAUGCUGACAUUGAUGAGGAGGAAGAUUAUGUUAGAAGGGAAAGGGGUUCUGUUAAUGAGAGGAGGAAUGAUGGAUCCCAGCAUAAUGGACAUAGAUAUGGAGAGGCUGAUGAUAGUGAUGAAGAAGAUGAUUCACGUGAACAAUUUAGUGGAAGAAACAAUCGCCAGGUUGAGGUUCGGAAGGACUGUCCUUAUCUUGAUACUGUUAAUAGACAGGUUUUGGAUUUUGACUUUGAGAAAUUCUGUUCUGUCUCCCUGUCCAAUUUAAAUGUGUAUGCAUGUUUGGUUUGUGGGAAGUAUUACCAAGGGAGAGGGAAGAAGUCUCAUGCAUAUACACAUAGUCUGGAAGCAGGACACCAUGUUUAUAUCAAUCUCCGGACUGAAAAAGUCUACUGUCUUCCUGAUGGUUAUGAAAUUAAUGACCCUUCUUUAGAUGACAUUCGGCAUGUCUUAAAUCCAAGAUUCACUGCAAAAGAAGUUGAACAACUUGACAAAAAUAAGCAGUGGUCUAGGGCUCUUGAUGGUUCUAGUUACCUUCCUGGAAUGGUGGGACUUAAUAAUAUCAAGGAGACUGAUUUUGUAAAUGUAACAAUUCAAUCAUUAAUGAGAGUUACCCCCUUGAGGAAUUUUUUCCUUAUCCCUGAAAAUUAUCAACACUGCAAAUCUCCACUUGUUCAUCGAUUUGGUGAACUCACUAGGAAGAUCUGGCAUGCACGGAACUUUAAAGGACAGGUCAGCCCACAUGAGUUUCUACAAGCAGUGAUGAAGGCCAGUAAAAAAAGGUUUCGGAUAGGUGCACAAUCUGACCCAGUUGAGUUCAUGUCAUGGCUUCUUAAUACCCUGCAUGCAGAUCUUAAGACUUCAAAGAAGAAUACCAGCAUCAUCUAUGAGUGUUUUCAGGGUGAACUUGAGGUUGUGAAAGAGAUUCCUAACAAAGUGAUAGCAGAUAAGAAAGAGAACAAUGAAGACCAAAACAAUGGCAAGAAACUUUCUGAUGGGGUAAAUGAACGAUAUGCAUUUGUCAAAGAAACUUCAAAAAUGCCAUUUCUAAUGUUAGGGUUGGACUUGCCACCACCACCUCUUUUCAAGGAUGUGUUGGAAAAAAAUAUAAUACCACAGGUACUGUGCCACUGAAUGCUAUGUGCCUUUUACAUAUGAGAUGCUAUAGUUGAUAAUGAUGUAAUUAACAUUGAAGUGAUCCUGCUAUGAAGUUUGAAUCUUGUCAUUUGGGCUGUAAUGUUAUAUCUAAGAGAUGUGUAAAAAUAAGAAAAUUGUGGAUAACCGAAAGAAUGUUUUGACACCAAUACUGAUGGCCUAUUGCCACUUAUAAACCAUUAUUUAAAAGCAAAGCAAGUAGUUUGUGAUAGGAACUGAGUGUAAGGAGCAGUAGUGUGUAGAAAAUAAUUGCUGGUAGUUAUGUAUUUGGAAUAUAUAUUUGAUUUAUGUUGUGUAAUUAGGGGAUUGAAGUUAUUUGUAGUUUGUGGACAGAGAAUACUCUCUGUAGGAGACUUUUGUCUCUGGGACAGCAAGUGUGUUGCUUUAUUAUAUGUGAUAGGAGAUUUGUCUAUG